AUGGAGAGUAAACAGUAUGUGAUAUUCUUCUUAUUCAUCUUUGCUGGUUUAGUAUUGUUCGUGUUCAAUCAAACCUCAAACGGAUCCAGUCCUUUCUUUCUUGCCCGCCAAAGAUGUCGGACAUCUAAUCAGAUUAACAACACGAGCAGGAGUGAUGCGCUUGAAUCAGUUUUGUCUGCAGCUUCCAUGGAAAACAAGACUGUGAUAAUUGCGAUUAUAAAUAAAGCCUAUGUCGAAGGAGAUAAUAAGUCCAUGCUUGACUUAUUUUUAGAUAGUUUUUGGCUUGGAGAAGACACAAGGCACUUGAUCAAUCACCUGCUUCUUGUGGCCGCCGAUCAAACAUCAUUUGAACGCUGCAAGUUUCUCCAUCUUCACUGCUACAAGCUCGAGACUGAAGGAGUCGCUUUCGAUGUAGAGGAAGUGUACAUGUCUCAAGAUUUUAUCAAGAUGAUGUGGAGGAGAACUCUCUUUCUCGGGGAGACGCUCAAGAAAGGCUAUAGUUUCAUAUUCACGGAUGCAGAUAUAAUGUGGCUGAGGAAUCCAUUUCCAAGGUUCAACUACAACCAAACCGUAGAUAGCAUAGAUAUCCAGAUCAGUACUGAUAAUUUCAAUGGCGAUCAGUGGUCUAAAGCCAAUCCCAUUAACUCAGGCUUCUACAUUAUCCAGUCCAACAACAGAACAAUCUCUCUAUUCGAUAAGUGGUAUGGCCGGAAAAACGACUCCCCCGGAUUGAAAGAGCAGGAUGUUCUAAACAACAUGAUUCAAGAAGGUGUUUCCGAAAAAUUAGGUCUCAGAAUUAGGUUCUUGGACACCCUUUAUUUCAGUGGCUUCUGUGAAAUUAGCAGAGACUUCAAAGCUGUUACAACCGUUCAUGCUAACUGCUGUCGGACGAUAGGGGCCAAAGUGGUGGAUCUGGCGGCUGUGCUCCGCGAUUGGAAGAGGUUCAAGAGAUUAACUAACUCAAAUCAGACGUCGACUUUGCAAUGGACUAACCGUGUAGCCUGUCUUAAUUCCUGGAGUCAUCGCCGUUAA